UUCCGCUAGUGUCAGCAACAGCUGUAGCUAGAAUCAAUCGAUGGAUCUUGUGGGCAGCAUCCUCAACUUUGUGGUGCCUCCGGCAAGCAUGGUGAUGCUGGCCUUCGCAUGGCCAACGCUCUCCUUCAUCCACGCCCUCGAGUGGUUCUUCAAGACAUUGAACAGGGACAACAUGGAGAACAAGGUCGUUCUCAUCACCGGAGCUUCUUCCGCAAUAGGAGAGCAAUUAGCGUACGAGUACGCAAGGAGGAAAGCAAACCUGGUGUUGGUCGCAAGGAGGGAACACCGACUCUGGGGAAUCAGCGACAACGCUAGACUGCUGGGUGCCAAGCAUGUCCUUGUCAUGGCUGCAGAUGUUGUCAAGGAAGAGGAGUGCAGAAGAUUCAUUUAUGAUACUAUAAACUACUUUGGCCACUUGCAUCACCUUGUCAACACUGCGAGCUUGGGGCAUAAUUUCUACCUUGAGGAGGCCACUGACCCUUCGGUUUUCCCCCAUAUGAUGGAUAUUAAUUUCUGGGGCAAUGUAUAUCCGACGUAUGUUGCCCUGCCGUUCUUGAGGCAAACACGCGGUCGAAUCCUCGUCAAUGCGUCCAUGGAGAGCUGGCUUCCCAUGCCCAAGAUGAGCCUCUUUGCAGCGGCGAAGGCGGCGGUGAUAAAUUUCUACGAGACGUUAAGGCUGGAGGUGAGAGAUGAAGUGGGCAUCACGAUCGCAACCCAUGGAUGGGUCGGCGACGACAUCAACAGGAGAAACUUCAUGCUGGAGGAGGGAACAGAGAUUCACUGGAAAGAAGAGAGAGAUCAGGUGGCUACGAGCGGAGGGCAUGUGGAGGAGUUGGCGAAGUUGAUGGUGGCCGGGGCUUGCCGUGGUGAUGCCUACGUGAAGCGUCCGAGCUGGCACGACGUCUUCCUUCUCUACCGUGCCUUCGCUCCGGACGUGCUUAAUUGGACCUUCCGGUUGUUACUCUCCGACCACGGAGCCAAGCCAACGGCCCCCAGAUCGCAGCCGAUUGAGGCAGCAGGAUCGCCUCCUCGGAGGGCGAUCGCCUUCUCCCCUGCUUCACCGCCGCCGCCACAGCAGAUUGCCAAAUAGGUUUCUCGAUCAAGACGGACCAAAAUAAACGCAUUUCUGUGGUUAGUUAAUGUCUCGAAUAACGCAGCGGACGUGUCUUUAAUUUCUUCCUUCGGAACUCUGUGUCGGUCAAUAUCUAUAAACAUGGGCAUUUCCUUCAACUGCAGGCUAAAUCAUCCUUAUGACAUGAAACAACUGAUCAAUGUCCUACGCUAAAUCCCCAUCCAUUUGCUUGGCACACGUAGAUUAGCUUCGGCUAAUAUUAGAGGAGAUAGUGCUUCGGAUUUAUCAUGGAU